AUGAGUGCGACACUCCGGUUGGCGGUAUUUGCUCUGCUGCUGUUUUACCAGGGAUCAGCAUUAUUUUUAGAGCAGAAUUGCGGGAAAAGUUCUGUAUUUAGUCCCGCUCCAUGGCUGGUCAAAAUUCGACCAGAACUAAGUUCGAAUAUUACGUGUACUGGCACGCUUAUCAACGAACGGUUUGUCUUGACCGCUGCGAGCUGCAUAGAUUACCAAACUGAACUCAUCGUUCGCUUGGGAGAGAUUGACGGAACCCUUCAAAACAGCAGUAAACUUCAGUAUGAAGAAAUAUAUGUUGCGAGGGCGCUCAUACAUAGGUCAUAUUCCUCAGAGAGCCAUCAGUAUAAUAUAGCUUUGCUCAGAUUGAAAACAAGUGUUGUAUACAAAAAAAAUAUACAGCCGAUAUGCAUUGAUGUAAACGUGGGUAAAGUACCAAAAGCUCCUACCUUUGAGAUUGAAAAGAAAAAAAAUGAAGAGCCUAAAAAGAACAAAGCUGGCAUCAUGAAACGUUUUUUAAAUUGGUUUCUCUCCCUGUUUGGAGUUCGUGAACCACGACCCGAUGUCAUUUUACCCCCCCAACCCAUUGCAGUUGGGUGGCCACUCACCAAACAAAUUAACGAGUCUGCACUAUUUCACCAAUAUGGCAUUCUGAGCCAUCGUAAUUCCGAGUCAAAGAAGGACGUCUAUACCGAUGUGAUGGCCUACGUCAAUUGGAUAACACCGCUCGCACUUGAUGUGCAUAUAACCAUGGCCCCAAAUACAGAUUUUGAUUUUUAA